AUGACUAUCACGGCUAGUGUUCUGCGACAAAUGCAUUCUGCGCUACGUAAAGCAAUAUUCUCACAAUAUACUGAUAUGCUUAUGAUAACUGUCACCAGUAUUGCCUUUCUAGUUUUUUUACGGUGUGGAGAAUUUACUGACCACGGUUCUCAUUUCACCUUGAAAUUUAAUCUUUGUCUAGAAGAUUCAGGUCACAGCUUUCGCUCAGGCACAGCCUCAGUAGCUGGUCAGGCUGGAGUACAAGACCACAAGAUUAAGAUAUGA